GGCGCGGGCCCGAGUACGUGUCUGAGGGGGAGGCGGCGGUGGCGGUGCGGCCGGUGCGGAGCAGCCGCGGGGAGCGGGAUCGGCUCCAGCACUAGUGCCGGGGCGGUUUUAAUUAGACUUCGGUCAGCCCGGGUUUUAUCGGGAGCGGAUUUUAAAAGCGCUUCUCGUCCCUCUGCCUCUGCGGACGGGGCACCAUGUCGGAAGCGGAGCAGCAGCUGGCGGCCGGCGCCACCCAGAACGGGCACGAAGCGGCCGAGAGCGCUGGGGAGCAGCAGGCCGAGAGCGGCGGGGCCGCUGCGGCGGCGGGAGCGGCAGGAGCAGCGGGAGCGGCGGCGGGAGCCGGCCCAGCGGCGGGAACAGCGGGCACGGCCGCCAGCCAGAAUGGGGCCGAGGGCGACCAGAUCAACGCCAGCAAGAACGAGGAGGACGCGGGGAAGAUGUUUGUUGGUGGCCUCAGUUGGGAUACAAGCAAAAAAGACUUGAAAGAUUACUUCACCAAAUUUGGUGAGGUAACCGACUGUACAAUAAAGAUGGACCCUAACACAGGAAGAUCCAGAGGCUUUGGAUUUAUUCUCUUCAAAGAACCUGGGAGUGUUGAAAAGGUUCUGGAACAGAAAGAACACAGACUAGAUGGACGACUAAUUGAUCCCAAGAAGGCCAUGGCAAUGAAAAAGGAUCCAGUGAAGAAAAUAUUUGUUGGUGGGCUAAACCCAGAAGCUACAGAAGAGAAAAUCAGGGAAUACUUUGGAGAGUUUGGAGAGAUUGAAGCAAUUGAACUGCCAAUGGAUCCAAAGACCAACAAAAGGAGGGGGUUUGUUUUCAUCACUUUCAAGGAAGAGGAUCCAGUGAAGAAGGUUUUGGAGAAGAAAUUCCAUAACGUCAGUGGAAGCAAGUGUGAGAUUAAAGUAGCACAGCCAAAAGAAGUGUACCAGCAGCAACAGUUCAGUAGUGGUGGAGGAAGAGGUAGCUAUGGAGGAAGAGGCAGAGGUGGAAGAGGCGGCGCUCAAAGUCAAAAUUGGAAUCAAGGUUAUGGCAAUUACUGGAACCAGGGUUAUGGGAAUCAAGGAUACGGCUAUCAGCAAGGUUAUGGUGGCUAUGGAGGCUAUGAUUAUUCAGGAUAUGGGUAUUAUGGAUAUGGACCAGGCUAUGAUUACAGUCAAGGCAGUGCAAAUUAUGGGAAGACACCAAGACGUGGUGGUCAUCAGAAUAACUACAAGCCAUAUUGAUCAAACUUAUUCAGGUAUGCAGUGGCAUGGUCUCUUUUGGAAAAUGACUGCAUAGGUUUUGUAUACAAUGCUGUAGAUGGAUACUUCAGUUCUGUACCAAAUUUAACUUUACAAUAAAUUUCUAUGGCCUGUUAAAUGUGCAUCUUACUUGGAAGAGCUCCCUGGAAAUGUUUUACAUGUUUAAUACUUACCAAUAACUAGUUGUCUAGACAGUGUGGUGUGUCAUUUUCAGCAUUGCUGAAGAUAUUAAUUAAUGAUUUUAUUAAUAGGUUAAACUGAAACUGAUUUUGAGGGUCUGCUUAAAAGCUGCAGCUCUGCAUCUAGGGACUGCCUCUUGGAGUUAACUAUGGACUCUGCAUUACUCCAGUUGUACAGAAUGAGAUGCAUCUUAGGGAACCAGUGUCACUUUCCACCUUUUUAUUUUGUAUUGUUUUUGUGUCAUACAUUUCCUGUAAUGGAAGUGUUAAUUUUACUGUACUUUUUGGUACCUUUUUGGAAUCUAAUGUAUUGUAAGGUAUUUUACAUGUGUUCUGAUUCACCAUGACAUGGAUAUUGAAGCUAUCCUAGCUUUUGAAAUAAAAAAGGCGUAAUCUAGUGUCUUGUGCCAUUCUUCAGCUCAUGUGUUAGUAAAACACCAGUAUCCUGUUCCCAGAACGUAGUUCAUGGCAGUACCUUGAUAGAUUAAGAGUUGUGCUUAAAUGUUUUUAAUCUUAAAACUAGAAGGCUGUGUUGGUAGUUGUGCUCACUUGCAGUUAAAUGGCAGCUAAAACCUGCUGUCAUUUCUGCCUGGAGGUUGUGGAGGACAGCUCAGGUGAGAAGCCCCAGCUGUGGUGGGGCUGUGCUGGUGAGGUGGUGGCUCUGCUCUAGGCAAGCAGAGAGGCUCAGACUAACUGUAGUGGUGUCUGCUUUGGGCUUUGCUAGGAGGAGCCAGAGCUGUAGGGUUCAGGUAGGGCUUGGGAGUCUGGACAGCACUGCAGCAGAGAGCCAAGAGGUGUGCAAGAAGCUGGCUGCACUUCCUCCAUAUUUCACUGUCUUGAGUCUGAGACUUGUCUGCAAGUUGUUAAUAGGCUGCAUAUACCUGCCUUGAAAGGCAGGUUGGACAGACAUUAAAUUAUCAAUGCAAAGUCUGAAUUUUUGCAGCAUUUUUGUACAACAGAAAAGGCUAAAAGAACUUCCACUGCAGUUGUGGGUGGAAAAAAACAUCUCUUUUUCUAGAGAUGAGUGACCAGCUAGAAACACUCUCCUUUUUUGACUUUACUGUUUACUGCUAUUUUAAGGCAAUAACUGUCAUGUGAUUUGCCUGUCUUCUUGCAGAAUAUAAGUAGCAAGCUCUGCUGCACAAUCUUUGUUGCAGUGAUCAAUUCAAUAUUAAUCUCCUUUUAAAGCUAAAAUCUGGCAAUAUUUUUUCUUACAACAAAUUCUCUUUGAACAAGGAACACCUGGAAGUGGAACUAAACCAAGUAACUAAGAAACAAACACAUGUUACUAGUGACCUUUCCAGUUUUUUUAACAAGGGAUGCAGCUAUUUCUGCAUGGACCAUAAUCUGCUGCUCCCUGCUGGUUGUCCUUGAAAAGAAAAACUUGCUUGUAAGUUUAGAAGUCUGUAAGACACUUCUGGUGUUAGGUGGAAGUAUUUUUUAAAAAAUUAGAUUUUAAAUCUUACAGCUGACAACUUUACAGCUGGACCAUGUAACCUCCAGCCCAACUUACUUGCAAAUAAAAACCAGCAGAUCACAGAAACAAAUGAGUACAGUAUUUAGAAGUAUUACUGUCUCAAGUUUUAAAUACUUUACUACAUACUGCAAAUAUUUUUUUUUCUGUGAAAUAAGGGGUAGCAGAAUACUUUUCUAGCAAGCACUUGGCCCUCCAGUGGGAAAAUUGUAUGGUACCAGGACCACUGUGCUGCAGUCCUUCUGGCUAGUAGAGUCCUAGCAAGAGUUUGUCAGCUGGUGUUAUUGUGGUGGUUUUUGUAAGUAGGUGCUCAGGUAAUGCUUCCUUAACACAGGUGAUGUGGCCUUAGGCUGAAACUGAGGAUACUGGUACUUAAAUGCAGAGCUGGCUUUUCCCUUUCUUCUUUGCAUGAAAAGUUUGUGAUACAAAGAACUGCCUGGUGAAAGUAAAGGCUUGUACACAAGGUUGUUGCUUAUGGCUGUAAACUACUCUUAAUUAACUAAUCCUACUUGGAUAUUUCUCCAGGAACAGACUGUGUUUUUAAGAAGUGGUUUGGGAGCCAUGGCCCUCAGCUGUCUGUCCCUCGUGUGUUUGAUGUUAGGAAUUUGGAACUGAAGUUUUUGACUUAACCUGCUGGCUUGAGAGUGUUUGUUGAAUAUAGUGCUGCUUAGGGACCUUGUUGUGACACUGGCUGCUGAAACUCUUCAGAGUCCUGGGAAGGACUGUGUGUACUGGCACCUGGAAUGGUGUUUGCAUAGGUAGCUGAAGACUUGAAAAUAUCAGAACACCCAUUGGCUCAUCCUAAUUUGAAGAAGUCAUAACCUGAAAGUGCAUAAAUUUAGAAAAUGUGUUUUGUAGUGGCCAUUAGAAAAAUCCUCCUUUAUAAACAGUUUUAGAUAUGCAGUUUUAAAUAAAAGCCAAUUCCACACUGCCAGAGUUGAGACAAGCUCUUGUAAAAUUUAUUUCUCCUAGAGCUUUUACUAAAAACAAGAUAAAUGAAAACAAAAAUCAAAGGUGACUUAUCUGGUCUAAGACAUGCUAGGAUGAAGAUUAAAUGUGCAUUAUUAUAGUAGAAUAAUGUUUCUUAGUAGUAGAUCUUGAACAUUGUUUGAAACCUAUGGAAAGAAAAUAAUGUUAUGUUUUUUUGGUAAAAGUAUCAUUAAAAGAAAUUACUUCAUUGCCUCAUUUUCGCUUACAUUAUAUGUAAGUGUCUUACUAGUACUGUACUUAGUAAGAGGCUUUUUGCAUCUUUGGUUUCCUGUAGAAAAUAAAGGCAUUUUUCUUGCUUAGUUUAGAUCACAGAUAAGUACAUUAAGUCAUUAGGCCUCUAAUUUGCACUGGCACUGUUAAGUAAUCUUUCUGUUCCUAAGAAUAAGUAGUAUAAACAGCUGUAUGUCUUUUCAUUAACUUGCUAAAUAAAAUAUUAACACAU